UUCAUUAAAUCUGUUACAGAAGGUAUCUCCAUAGAGUUGGUGCAUGUUGCAUCUUAUCUCAUGCAAUCUUCUUGAAUAGGCAUCUGUUUCCAGGUUUGUCGUGGAAAAGUUACUAUCUAAAGAAGAAGUCAAACUAGCCCUUGUAGACAUUCUGAAAGCAAGUGCAGCCAACUUGUGAAGGAGUGGGGUUGGAUCAUAGCCACUGGCCCUGAACCGACCAGAUUGCUAUGUUUUGGUUGGACUUUUACACAGAGGUUCCCCAUAUAGAAACUGUAUUCCAGUCUUUAGGUGUUAUUCACUGGUAAAAAUAUAAAUGGGGAUAAAACUGAAUGGGUACAAAAUAGAAUUUGGUAUGCUGAACCAAAGUGUAAGUUGUAACACACUUUCAACUUGUCAUAAAGUGAUUCUAUAGGGGUAACCUAAAAGUGAAGAAAUGAGCAGAUCUGUUUGAUGCAUUGAAAACAUCCUAGCACUAUCAUGACUACCGGAAUAAAAUGGAGUUUGCUUCUGCAUCUGCUACUCUCUGGGUGGUCAUUUGGGGGCUCUGGACUUGAGCCCCAAAGGUCCAGCCCUAGCUGUACCACCAGUUCCUUCUGUAAACAACAACCGUUAAUAAGAUGCUACCAUCUGUUUGAACCCACCUACAGGGUGCAUGAUGGGGCGGCUUGAUGGGAAAGUAAUACUGCUGUCUGCUGCAGCCCAAGGAAUUGGCCGAGCUGUAGCCCUAGCAUUUGCCAAGGAAGGCGCCGAGGUCAUUGCUACAGACAUCAAUGAGUCCAAACUCCAAGAACUGGAAGGCCAUCCAGGAAUUCAGGUUCGGGUGCUGGAUGUCACAAACAAAGAACAAAUUGAAAAUCUGGCCAAGGAGGUGAAGAGAAUUGAUGUCCUGUGUAAUAUUGCAGGAUUUGUCCAUCAUGGGACCAUUUUGGACUGUGAGGAAAAGGACUGGGACUUCACAAUGAAUGUCAACGUUCGCAGCAUGUAUCUGAUGAUCAAAACGUUCCUGCCUAAGAUGCUUGAGCAAAAAUCUGGUAACAUUAUCAACAUGUCUUCUGUGGUAUCCAGCAUCAAAGGGGCUGUUAACCGGUGUGUCUACAGUACCUCCAAGGCAGCGGUUAUUGGGCUCACCAAGUCUAUAGCUGUCGACUUCGUUGAAAAAGGAAUUCGCUGCAACUGUAUUUGUCCUGGCACUGUUGACACUCCUUCUCUGCGGGAGAGGAUCCAGGCCAGCCCUAAUCCAGAACAGGCACUGAACGACUUUCUGGCCAGGCAAAAGAUGGGUAGGAUGGGUAGUGCUGAAGAAAUCGCCCAGCUCUUUGUAUAUCUGGCUUCUGAAGAAUCGGCCUACAUGACAGGCAAUGAAUGCAUCAUAGAUGGCGGCUGGAGCAUGUGACUUGGUGCCUGCCCAGAGACUCCACUCGCAAAUCAAAAGUCUUCUCUGGAUUCUGGAAGACAGGAAGGAAAACCUGCUUGUGCUCUUUAGCUGUCAGAGCCUGCUUCACUCUUGAUGACUAAAAUGUGACAUAUGGGGGUGACGGACGAUUAACUAUCUCAGCCUUCCCCAUCCAGAUGCCUUCUAGAUAGGCAGUAAACCUAUAUACACUAGUUGCUGGGGAAUAUGGGCGGGAGUGUGCUGUUGCACCGUAUCCUGCUUGUUCAUCCCUGACCAAUGGCUGGUUGGCCACUGUGGGAACAGAGUGCUGGACUAGAUGGACCCUUGGUCUGAUCCAACAUGGCUCUUCUUAUGUUCUUAGAUGUCUUAGGCUCCCAUAAUUCCCAACCAAUGUGGCAAAUGGUCUUCUGGCUGGGAAUUAUGGGAGGUGCAGUCCAACCCGGAGGGCACCUGGUUGAGGAAGACUGUGAACUAUCUGAUAAGUGCUAAUCUUUCUUUUCCUAUAAAGCUUUUAUGUGCA